AUGGGCGACGGCUUGCGCUCCGGGGACAGGCAUCUGGAAGCGCAGCCGGAGCGAGACUCCCGGCAUCGCAACGUGGACCAGGCGGCGCGGGGGCGGGCAACGCGACAGGGCGAUGACACAGGACCGCCGCCGCCUCGCCCACGCCGCUGCAGACGCGGAGGAGAGGCCCAGACUCGAAAUGUGGAGAACCCUCCCACAGUGAGUCGCCCACGAUAUGCAUCUUUGGUGAAGAGUGCCUUAAGCGCCGCACGGUGCUCACCGCGGAAUGAAGGAUCAGUGCCAUAUCUCUUAAGUGAAGUGUCUUCGUGUGGUCCAGAUAGAGGAUUUAUUACUGGAAAAGGGAAGAUAGCAUGCUUCUGAAGUCUACGCAAAUGGUCACUUGUAUAUGCAUCUGUGUAUUGGCCGCAAUGACGUCAUCUGCUGGUGCCUCAAACAAUACGUCUCCGCCCCCACCCUUCCGCCACUGCCUCCCGGCAAAGGGAAAAUUCUUCAAUGGCGCAGACGACGCCGACAAUCCGUGCGGGAUCGACGUUGUAGCCCAGAACAAGCCGCCACGCCUCUUAGCGACCCUGCCGACUCUGGACGGCGUCCUUCACUUCACCGCGUGGUUCGCGGCGGCGUCGGCUGCUCUGUUCGCAGCGACAAACGUCAGUUCGCGAGACGUUCAGCAGGCCCUCCAGCUUUUCCAUUGGAUUCUUUCCUUCGAUGGCGGAGCGCGAAGUCUUGCAAGCUAUCGCGUAGCGAGGAAGAUUGAGUGCGGUUGGCGAUCUUCCCAUUAUCGUAAUGGUACUUCAAGUCAAAAGGAGGUUGCUGCUCCGUGAGAUUUCGUUUUCCAGUAAGGACUGAUUAUUGUCAAGGGAGAAUAUUCACUGUUCCUAGAACUUUUUACUUACCCCACGUGCUUAAGCGGUUUUUUCAGCAAAUUAUAAUGAACAUUUUUAUUUUCAAUGUCGACAGAUUUU